UCCAAGAACAAACUUGUAAGUUGAGUACAAGCAAGCAAGGCAAAAGAGAAGCAACAUUGAAAAGCUCAAUGGCUGCAACUUAUUAUCUACUUCCAAGUCCGAAAACUUUCUCACCUCUCCUCAGAAACCCACUUUCCAUUCCUUCAGGUCAUGUUUCACUGUUGGGUUCAUUGGACUAUCCAUUCCAUUGUUCCAGCAGAAGAGGAAAUAGUGUUGAGGCCAAUUGCAAUGCAAAGAAGAAGAACCCUUGGUUAGACCCUUUUGAUGAUGGGGAGGAUCCUGAGAUGGAGUAUGGUUCCUUGUUUGCAGAUGGGAAGCAGGAGGAGGAUCCUAGGCCACCGGAUGACCCUGACAACCCUUAUGGAUUCUUGAAGUUCCCUUCUGGAUAUGCUGUGGAGAUAGCAUCCUUGGCAUUGAAAGUGAGAGGGGAUGUGAGGAGAUGCUGCUGUGUGAUAUCUGGUGGUGUUUAUGAGAACCUCUUGUUCUUUCCAGCUAUUCAGUUGAUCAAGGAUAGGUACCCUGGUGUUCAGAUUGAUGUGGUGGCGUCCGAGAGGGGGAAGCAGACCUAUGAGUUGAAUAAGAAUGUGAGGUGGGCUAAUGCUUAUGAUCCUGAUGAUGAGUUUCCAGAACCUGCGGAGUAUACUGAUAUGGUUGGAGUUCUAAAGAAUAGGUACUAUGACAUGGUCUUAAGCACCAAAUUGGCAGGCCUUGGCCAUGCAGCAUUUUUGUUUAUGACAACUGCCAGAGAUAGAGUUAGCUAUAUCUAUCCAAAUGUGAAUGCCGCAGGAGCCGGAUUACUUCUGUCCGAUACUUUCGUACCCGAUAGUCUAAAUCUCUCAGAUGGAGGAUAUAAUAUGUAUCAUCAGAUGGUUGACUGGCUAGGAAGACCAUUUCGAGAAGUUCCAAGACAACCAGUGCCACCACUUAGGGUCUCAAUCUCAAGGAAGCUGAAGGAGGUUGUGGAGGCAAAAUACGAAAAAGCAGGGGCAAAAAAAGGAAAAUAUGUUGUAAUUCACGGCAUAAAAUCAGAUUCAAAGGCCUCCAUGCAGUCUAGGGGUGAUCCUGAUAGCUUGCUACCCAUUGAAGUGUGGGCUGAAAUUGCAGACGCUAUAAGGGAUGUUACGCCACUUUUUGUCAUUCCGCAUGAAAAAGAAAGGGAAAAUGUGGAGGAAAUAUUUUCAGAAGAUGCCUCUGUUGUCUUCAUCACCACCCCUGGACAGCUGGCUGCUCUUAUUAAUGACUCAGCUGGAGUGAUAGCUACAAAUACAGCUGCUGUUCAGCUUGCAAAUGCACGCCAGAAACCUUGUAUUGCACUAUUUUGCUCUGAAGAGAAGGGAAACAAGUUUGUUCCGCAGGCUAAAGAGAAGAAAUGCAUUAUAAUAUCAUCCAAGACAGGAAAGUUGAUAGAUAUUGAUGUUGAGGCUGUAAAAAACGCGGUUCAAACAUUCAAUUUGUCUCCAGCUUUAGUAUAGUGGAAGAGGGAAACGGGAAAGUGUUCUGAACUUCUGGUUAAGUUAUAUAUUAACUGACUAUUUUUAAUUAAUAAAGACAAAUGUAUAUCUACAAAUUUAUAGCUCAGUUCAUGUUCUGAAUGAGAAGACGGGAAUGAAAGUGAAAACAUUGUAAAAAUAA